AUGAUAAUAUUACACGACGACGAAUACUACAGAAUUCGAAGACCUCCACCUGACUUAGGACCUCUUCGAAACUUUUUGCGUUUUAUUUGGGAUAAAGAUCGAAAAGCGUUUCUCGACAGAACAGCCGCAGAAUGGGGUCAAUUAGGAAUAUUUUACUUGUGCUUCUUCGCCGUUCUGGGUUCAAUAUUCGCGAUACAAAUGAAGAUCAGCAUAGACUAUGUUUCUCAAUUAGAGAAACCGUUUUUUCAAUACGCCGGUGUAUCCUCGAACUCUCUUUUUGGAAAAAAUUUACGCCUGGCGCGUUCAACCUUUGAUAGUCCAGGGAUAGUUUUUAAACCAAACAGCAUGUCAGCUACAUCGCCCCUUAUUUCUGUGAGUAACACGACAAGCAGAACCCGAUCAAAAAGAUAUAUUCGAGCGUUGUCUGAUUUUCUACGAGAGUAUGAAAAAGAUACAUCAAAUUAUAAUUUAAAUUGUCCGAAUGAAUAUUCGAAAAUGGAUCGUACCGAGAAACCUUGCUACUUCGAUAUAAAAAGUCUUGGAAAAUGCAGCGAAUCUCCAUACGGAUAUACGAAACCCUUGCAACCUUGUGUUCUCAUUAAAUUUAACAAGAAGUUCGAUUGGAUACCUGAAUACUAUAAUUACUCGUCAACCUUGCCGGAGAAUAUGCCAAUCACGUUGAAGAAAGCUGUACGCGAAUCUCGAAAGUUUUACGUUUGGUUAUCGUGCGAUGGAGCGAACAAUGUCGAUAAAGAGCAUAUUGGAGAAAUAGAUUACGCACCAAGUCCUGGUUUUCCAGUUGAAUACUUUCCGUUCACCGGACAACCAAGUUACCUGUCCCCAAUUGUCGCAUUGAAAUUCAAGAGUUUAACGCCACAUAGAUUAGUUACAGUGGAAUGCAAUUUGUGGGCCUCUAAUAUCGAGCAACGUUCUCGUUAUUCGUUAGAUUUUCAAAUAAUGAUAGAAAGUUGA